AUGUUCCAAGACUGUGGCUACCCCAGCCGGUCGCUCUGGCAGUCACUGCGGCGCCGCCAUCUGCUGCACCCCUCCGGCAUUCCUCUCUUCAACCCCGACUGGACCUACCGCAGCCACCGCCCUCUCUCCACCGCCGAGGCUCGCUCCUUCCCCCCCAACUGGGUGGUCGUGCUGGCUAAGCGACCGGAAGGCCGGCGCUCGUUGGUGAAUUUCCGGGAGGUGGAGGAGGAGGUGGUGAGGUGGUUUGGGCGCAACAGAGUGAUGUUGUUUGAUGGAUCGCUGUCGAUUCUGCAAGCCACUACUGCGCUUAGCAGUUUCUCGCGAUUGCCAUUCUUCUGUUAUGAUCUUGACGGACUUAGUAAGAUGAUGGUGGCACGCGCUGGCCGCUGGCUGUUGUGGGUGGUUGUCGCCGUCGACUUGACGAUUUCCGUCAAUGCAUCAGCGAUCAACGGCCAGCAAUCGCCGAGCCUCCAUCUCGCGGGUCAGGUGGCCAAGUUCGAAAGCGAGCUCAACUACUACCUGCCAGAACGAAUCAGAACCCACCCCGAGCGAGUGAGCCUCGUGACGCGGCCGCUGGGCUUUCCUCUCUCCACGGCUCGCCUCUCCACCGUCUUCCUCCACUUCUUCGAGCACCUCCCCUUGGACAACCUGGAGAGCAGAUCUAGUAGCGGCGAUCAUAUAGGAAGCAAGUCAAGCACGUCCGUUGACAGUGCUUCAGUGGAGCGUGCUUCAGUAGAGAGUGCUUCAGUAGAAAGUGCUUCAGUGGAGAGUGCUUCAGUAGAGAGUGCUUCAAUAGAGAGUGGGAGUGCCUCAGAGGAGAGUGCCUUAGAGGAAAGUGCCUCACAAGAGAGUCUCUCAGGUGAUAGCUCCACGGGAGGAUCAAAAUGGGCUGUGAAGCUGGGGUGCCAAGGCCCUCCCUGCCCCGCCUUCGGCUCCUGCACCGCCCGCUUCCCCAACGUGCAGGCCUGCUGGAACCCAGACCUUGUCGACCCACCCAUGAGCGAAACCAUCCCCCCUAUAAACUGCCCGCUUAAAACGGACAGCACAGGGCGUGAUGACAGGAAUCAGAAGGAGGUGCCGUUUGAUGAGACGUGCUCGCACAAGCAGGACAUGGGGGUGCACGGGGCGUACGCGCUGCAGAUGAUUCGGCUGGAAGAUGUUUUUGUGACGGACAAUGGGUUUACUCUCAACCGCACGCACCUGUUCGUCAGAAAUGGAUGCGGGCACUUCCCAGGAACGGUCACAUUCGAGGCGAACCACAUGGUGCACGAGCUGCCAACAGCAGUGUUCAACUGGGCGCACCAACCUGGCAGCAACUUCUUCCACUUCCUCAUCGAGCUCUUCCCGCUCUUCCUCGUCGCUGCGCCCCUCACGCCCUCCCCGCUGCGAGAUCUUCUCGUGCUCGCCAGGGAAGGCCAGGUACAUAUGUACGAGCAACUGGGUUUGCCACUCAUAGGCAUCCCACUCGAUCAGAUUCGCCUGCUGCCCACAUCUGGAAACGACCUGGUUCAUGCCGAUGUGGUGUACCAGCCCAUCUAUCAGAACUGCCACCAUGCCAGCCGAGCCCUCUGGCAGUCGCUGCGGCGCCGCCAUCUGCUGCACCCCUCCGGAGUGCCUCUCUUCAACCCCGACUGGACCCUCCGUAACCACCGCCCUCUCUCCGCCCGCGAGGCUCGCUCCUUCCCCUCCGACUGGGUGGUGGUGCUGGCAAAGCGGCCAACAGGGAGAAAGCGGGCGAUAGUGGAUUUCGAAGAGGUGGAGGAGGAGGUGGUGAGGCGGUUUGGGCGCGAGAGAGUGGUGCUGUUUGAUGGGUCGCUGUCGAUUUUGCAAGCCCGUGCGCUCCUCAUGCGAGCACGCCUGUACAUAGCGGGCCACGGAGCCGCACUCACCAACAUGAUCUUCAUGCCGGAAAAGGCUUCCCUGCUGGAGAUUCGCCCCCAGGGAUGCCCCGUGCCUGUCUAUAAUGGCCUUGCCUCUGCCUGCUCGCUGCGAUACCACCUCGUGUUCAGCCAGGGUACCUGUUUGUCCACUGUGGUGGCCAAUGUGACAAGUGUGGCUCGGGUGCUGGAUGGAAUACAUGCUAGGUUUCAAACUGAGGAUAAUGGAGGUCAGGGUGGGGUUGGAAAUCACCCUGUAUAA